AUGAACCGAAUCGUUAAUCUACGUCAUCUGAUUGAGCAACAUUUCACUGAAAUUUUCAGCGUUUUAUUCACUAUUGUUUUGACAGUAGCUUUGGUUGCUGGUCAACAAUUCCUGCUUGGACAAUUUCCAUCCACAGUGCAUAGUCAAUUUAAUUAUAAUACAUUAGAUGCAGUACCACAAGGCAGUAAUGUCAGAGAUCCAAGACAAAAUAGAGGACCAGUUGUGUUUCCACCAUCACCACCAAAUCCACUUGAUGAAUCCAGCGGCGUAGUAGUCGGAGCUUCAGGUUACGGUUUUGUGCCACCACAACAAAAUAAUGGUGUUUUUGGUUAAGCUUGUAAUUCAAUACAUGAGACAGAUACCAAAUACAUACUAAUUAUAACUCAGGCAUUGCUUUAAGAAGAACCACACAUACACACACACACAAUAGAUAAUUACAUUAAAUUAAAAUCAGAGCUAAACUUGGAAUAAAGCUUAAUUAAUUACAAAACGGAAAUGGCCGCCAUAUUAACAGAAAAAUAUUUUUACAUUGCCGAAUAUUUCAAUGAA